AUGCUGGCACGACGAUUGGAAGGGCUGGGAUGGCGGACUGCCCCUCUACGAGCGACACGACCCGUUCUCCUCCCCCUCCUCCGCACCUUCGCAUCCUCGCCAGCGGUACUUGGCCAGAGAUCCCGACCGAGCAAGGACCCGCUCGACUCGUUCUACUCCGACUCGUUGUAUCUGCCAAAGACGGCGUUCCCGCUCAGGGCAGAGGCGAGCAAGAGGGAGAAGCUCUUCUGGAAGCGCACGACGGACGAGUUGUACGAGUGGCAGGCGAAGCAAAAGGACCGACCGCUCUUCGUCCUGCACGACGGUCCUCCCUACGCCAAUGGACAUCUGCAUUGCGGCCAUGCGCUCAACAAGAUCACGAAAGACUUGAUCAACCGUUCGAAGCUGAUCCAAGGUUACCGCGUCCACUACACGCCCGGCUUCGACACCCACGGCCUCCCCCUCGAACUCAAAGCCCUCGCGACCCUCUCAACGCCUCACUCCUCUCUCACCCCCUCGCAAAUCCGUUCCGCCGCUCGAGCAGAAGCCGAAAAAGGCAUCGAGAUCCAGAAAGAAGAGUUUCGGAGUUUUGCGGUCAUGGGAGAUUGGGAGAGGCCGUAUCGGACGAUGGAUUGGGAGUUUGAGAGGAGGCAGUUGAGGGUUGUGAGGGAUAUGGUUGGACGAGGCCUCAUCGUCACACACCAUCGCCCGACGCUCUACUCCCCCUCCUCUCGCACCGCACUCGCCGAAGCCGAACUCGAAUACCGAGAAGACCACACCUCGCGAUCCGUAUACGUCUCGUUCCCGGUCAAGGACGUGGGUGACAAGCUUGAGCGGGAGUUGGAGCGGGCGGGCGUGAGCUUGAGUGAGGAGGAGAAGAAGGGGUUGGGGCUCGCGGUGUGGACGACGACGGCUUGGACUGUGCCGAGUAACGUCGCCAUCGCCGUCUCGCCGACUCUCGACUACUCGCUCGUCCGCAACCCCUCCUCGCCAUCCUCGCUCUUCAUCGUCGCCACCGAACGCCUCGACGCCCUCGCCGAGCUGAUCGGCUCCUCUGAACCGCUUCAAACCCUUGCCACCUUUCCCGGCUCGUCCCUCCUCUCGACGACAUACACCGACCCACUCUCCUCCCGUUCGCACGCUCCUUCACCCCGCCCAAUUAUCCCAGCCGACUACGUCACCUCAACAACCGGUACCGGUCUCGUGCACACCGCGCCGGCGCACGGCAUCGAAGAUUGGGAAGCCUGGCGCGCCUAUCACGUUUCUGCGAACCCUUCUUCUCCCGCGCCUGAUACGCUCUGCGCUGUCGAUGCCGACGGACGGCUAGACCGUACGCUCGAGGACAUGGGCGUCGAGACGGACGUGGUGGAGAGAUUGGUCGGGAAGGAUGUGUUGAAGGACGGGACGGAGGAGGUAAUUCGGUUGUUGGAGGAAAGGGGAAGGUUGAUCAAGGAGGUGGAGGUGCAGCAUAAGUUCCCGUACGACUGGCGGACGAAGAAGCCUGUAAUCUUCCGCGCCUCCUCGCAAUGGUUCGCCAACCUCGACCCGAUCAAACAAAGCGCCAUCUCCGCCCUCUCACACGUCAACUUCUUCCCCUCCCGCGGCUCCCGCACGCUCGAGAUGUACGUCUCGGGCCGAUCCGAGUGGUGCAUUUCGCGUCAACGAGCGUGGGGCGUGCCGAUUCCUGUCGUGUACUCGCGGGCGAAGGACGGGCCAGGGAAGGAACACCCGCUGCUCACGCCGUCAAACGUCGACCACAUCGUUGAGGUGCUGGAGCGGAAUGGCGGGACGGAUUACUGGUGGAGCGGUCAGGCGGAGGAGUUUGUUGAGCCUGGGGUGCUCGAGCAGAGUCGGCGGGCAGGACGGGUCUGGCGGAAGGGGACAGACACGAUGGACGUCUGGUUCGAUUCGGGGUGCUCGUGGACCCUUUUGCGGGAAGAAGGCGUCGCACCUGCGAGCGCGAAGGGCAAGGAGCACGCGCACGUUGCGGACGUCUACUUCGAAGGUUCCGACCAGCACCGCGGGUGGUUCCAGUCGUCGCUCUUGACGAAGGUUGCGAGUACGCCGGACGGGGUUGAGCCGAGCGCGCCGUACAAGGAUCUCGUCACGCACGGAAUGGUUCUCGACGAGCAUGGUAGGAAGAUGAGCAAGAGUUUGGGGAACGUGAUGAGCCCGAAGGUGGUCAUUGAGGGCGGAGAGGCUGCCGACCUUGACCCAGCUUACGGCACCGAUUUGCUCCGCGUCUGGGUCGCCUCGGUCGACUCGUCCCGCGACGUCCUGAUCGGUCGCAACAUCCUCGCUCAGACUUUCGACGGCUUCCGCAAAAUCCGCAAUACGGCGCGGUUCUUGCUUGGGAAUCUGGCGGACCAGCCUCGGGAGGACUUCGCUCUGGAACAGCUCAGUCUGUUUGAGCGAUACAUACUCCACGAGCUUUACCAGCUCGACAAGACCGCUCGCGCGGCCUUCUCCGCUUACGAGUUCAACAGAGCCUACCAAGCCCUCUCCGCCUUUUCCAACACCACUCUCUCAUCCUUCUACUUCGAGAUCACGAAAGACACCCUCUACGCCGACUCGUCGUCCACUCUCUUCCGCCGCAAAACCCUUUUCGUCCUCCAGAAGGUCUUCGACACCUAUCUCUCGGUCCUGGCGCCCAUUGCGCCGUUGUUGGCGGAGGAGAUCCACCACUUCGCGCGAAGGGCGGUUGAGGACCCGAAGGUGGAGGAGACGGGCGCUGGAUCGGUGUUCGAGAAGGGUUGGCCUGAGGCUGACGCUCGAUGGAACGACCCGACCGUCAAACACGAGAUGGAGCAGCUUCUCACCCUGCGAGACGGCGUCAACGCCUUGCUUGAGACUGCACGCAACGACAACCGCAAACUCCGAAUCGCGAGCGAGGCAGCUCUCGUCCUCUCGCGGCCAACUCGCGUCGUUCAGCAGCACCAGGACCUCCUCAAGACACUGCUGCUCGUCUCGGACGUCUCUUUCGACUCGGCCGUUGACGCUGCAACGCUGCCGUGGUCCUACAGCGCCGAUCUCGGGCAGAUGAAAGCGACCAUCGUCCCUUGUGCGAACCUCAAAUGUCCUCGCUGCCGACUCCACAACGUCCCGCCGCCCUCCGCGCCCGCAGCACCUCCCGCGAAACCAGCGAAGAACACGACGCUGUGCGACCGCUGUGUCGACGUCUUGGCGGAGAAAGAGCUGGUUGCGCCGGGACAAGAGGGGAUGGCGCCUGGAGCGGUUGGCGAGGGAGGGUUCAGUCCGGUGUCUGCAUGA